AUGCAGGAGCUCUACGCGGGGCCGGAGGAUUGGGCGGCUCACCGGGAGACCAUCACCCGGUUGUAUCUGGAGGAGAAGCGGUCGCUGCAGGAGGUUAUGGAGUACAUGGCUUCGCACCACUUAUUCUUUGCGACAGUCAAGAUGUACAGAACACGCAUCCGGAAGUGGGGAAUUGACAAGAACAACAAGGCCGCCGAAGUGGCCUACAUGCUCCGGCUCAAGAAGCAACGGGAUGUCCAGGGCAAGGAGUCCUGUUUCUUUAUCCGGGGCCGCCCGGUCGACUGGGAAGAUGUCGAGCGCUAUCUCGCGCGGACCCCGGGCUUCUGGGCCAAGCAUGGCCGCGGCGCCUUCGAGUCGAGCAAGUGCGGGGACGACAUCAGAUGCAUAACACCGCCGCCCGGUUCGCCACGGACAACGUCAAGUUCCGUGCCGCCCAAGCUCGACGCCGCCCAGGAGCUCCGCGUCCACGAGGAGAUUCUGCGCUUCUUCCGUACCUACACCGAGGGUUCCUUUGAGCAGGGGCUCUGGCACCUUUCGCCCUCCCACCGGCGCUACGUCGGCCCCGGGGGCUUUGAGGCCGCGGCCCGCCUGAACGCAUGGUACGACAAGGUACGCAGUGUGUCGGACUGGCCAGGCCGCGACGCCGACGUCGUCCGCCUGGUCAACCACCUCCUGGACGACCUACCGCAGAUCAUCAAGGACCAGGACUUUACGCUCUUCCCCGCCCUCAUGCGUUGCUGCUUCUACCUCUCUGUCCGGCGACCGCCGCUGGGCCGGGCGGUGGUGAAGUUCGUAGCCGGCCUGUGCCGCGUUAUCCUGGGGGCCAAGCACCCGAUGAGCCUGGCCUGGCUGCGCAUCAGGUCGCUGUCGACGUCCGAGUACCUGCUUGUCUUGGAAGGGACGGCCAAGGUCCGGCUCGACCAGAUGAGCAGUGACGACGACAUUCAAGAUGAAAACACGAUCAAUGCCCUGCGAGACUAUCUCCUCGUGCUCAGGCUGCAGGGCUCAGCUGCCGGCAAUGAGAUCGACCGCGUCACGCGCCGGGCUCUGGAGCAGAUGGCUCCGCCCGACCAGACGCUUUCCGUCGCUCAAUGCCGCCUGCUGCUCGGCACGGCGACGUCGUUCAUCACCUGCCGGCGGUUUGGCGACGCCGAGAACAUCUUGAGCCGGGUGGGCGCGCAGAUCCCCGCGGUUCCUACGCAUCAAGCCGAGUUCCAGCGCGUCCUACCGACCUAUUUCUUCAUCAUGGGCUUCCUGCGCUACGUCACCGGCCGGCCGGACGAGGCGGUGAAUUACUUCCUGCAGACCUACCACGCGCUGGAAAAGGCGCGGGGGCCGUACAGCUCUGCCGUCGCCGAUAUUCUCCUUGCUUUGAUCGACUUCCCCGGCCUGCUACGGAGGCCCGAGGACGUCGAGCACUGGCGGCAGAAGUUUGCCGAGGUGCAAGCUGAAAUACUGGCUAGGACCGAAACAGGCGUCAAGCGGACGGCGUCUGAGUCCAGCGAGGUGUGGGACGAGCCGCUGGAUACUGAUGUCAACACUGGAGCGUGGUCAUGA